AUGGCACGCCAUCAAAGGUAUCCGGCAAGAGAAGUCGAUGCCGGCUAUCCCCCUUACGACGAGCCACCGCGACGCGUUGCCGACCCCUAUGAUCCUUAUCCGCCGCCACGUUACGCCGAGAGGCAACGCCGACAAGAACCCAGUUAUCACGAUGAUAGGUUCUCUCGAGACUAUCCUUCUGGCUCAACGCAACGCAACUCCAGAGAUGUUCCUUUGGAACGCCACCAACACGAUGUACGGCCUGUCCGCGGCGCCUCCGAGAUGAGGCCUAGUCGCGGUGGCUUCAACAACUCUCCCGAGCCCGCCCCAAAGUCCAGGCGCGGCCGUAGCGAAGCACCACGAUCCUCACACGCGCCAAGAUCAGAGUCUCCUGAGGCAUAUCGGCACCGAGCCACCCACAGCCGCCCAGCAUAUGAUCGAGACGAUGACGCAUACAGGAGGAAUACCAGAGCCAGAGCAGGGUCUCUGGAUCAAGGGUACGGCCCAGCCGCCAGCCGCGAACGUCAGAAAUACCCCCCACGCGCCGCUGACACCCGCCACUCUCGUUAUCCGGCCUAUGGCCCCAGCCAUCCCGAUGAUGCUGGCGAGGAUGACUUUCGCCGCCCAACAAGAGCGCGCACUCAGCCCAUCCCUCCUCCACCACAGCAUCACGAACGCCGCGCGGAGCCCGACUCGCACUAUCCGACCCGUGGUCGUGCUCGCAACAUGUCUCGUGGGCCCGACCAUGAUCCUUACCAUGAGGCUCCCUCUCAUGCCCCGCCUCGUUCCCGCUCUGUUCCAAGCAAGCCCACAAGCCCCGAGCCCGUAGCAGGCGGCCGCUCCAAAGCGAGAAAGGCCGCCGGCUACGCCGCCAUAGGCGCCGCCACCCGCAUGGCCAUCCAGGCCGGCGCUCAGGCUGCCUACAAGCUUCGUGACGACCCCUCCCCGUGGAUGGGCGAGAAGGGCGUUCGCGUCGCCACUGCUGCCCUUGGCGCCGGCCUCGUCGACGGCUUCGUCGGCUCCAAGCGCUCCCCGGUCAAAAAGGGCGGCAUGCGCCACCAGGCCAUGAAACAGGCGGCCGAGGCGGGCAUCAGGAACUUUGUCGUCCAGCCUGCCACGACGCAUGCGCAGCAGCACGUGCACGACGCAAGGAAGAAACGAUAG